GCGGCCGCGGGGUGUCGCUGUCGCGGGAGCGGUUGGGGGUGAGGGUGGCGAUGGCGCUGUUGGGGCAGACGGUGCUGGCGGCCUGUGUGUUUGUGGGGGUGUUGGUGCUGAUCCCCAGGAUGGCUGUGGGGCCGCGCGGAGGAGGGACAGGGACGAGGCCGAGGACGGCGGGACCCGGGCCGAGGCCGCCAGGUUCUGGAAGAGGCCAGCCAUUGAGCACACAUUUUCAGAACAACCCCUUAACAUCACCUCAUCAUGGGAUGCAGCAGAUGAGAAGUGCAAUUGAAAAGGAGAUGAACAGAAACAAGAUUAGAGGAGGAAACAAAGGAUAUGUUUUUCAGAUGAUGCCACUAUAUGCAAUAGGAAUAGGUGUUUAUGUCAUUUACAAACUUGUACAGGUAAAAUCCAAAGAAAAUGAAAAACUAUCCCAAAAGAAAAAUAAAAUUGAUAAAAAGAAGAUUGAUACAGAGUAUCAGCUUUCUGAACUAGAGCUCCGUUUGGCCCAGACUGAGAAGAUGCUAGAUUCAUUGGUGAAAGAAUUGGAUCCAUUGGCCAGUUGUGUUGAUGCUGUAGCCACUGAGCAGACAAGUGAGAUUAUGACACAACUUCAGCAAAUCAGACACCUGAUGAAAGAGAGAGAGACACCUACAUUUGAAGAUUCUACCUCCACCCGGGAAGGACGGAUUCAUUUGUUUGAGAAUGUACAGGAACGAGAGGGGAUAAAAUGCAAUGGAUGAAAGAUCAGGCCAUUGCAGAGAGUGAGGAAGAGCUACAAGAGGAUGAGACACUGACUAUAGAAGUGACUCCUCCAACAUUUCACAGCAAUACUGAAACUUGUCACAAUAACUCAGCACAUGUCAGUGAGAUAAAUUCAGAAGCCGUAACCUGUGUUGGGGAUAUGCCAGAAAUCUUUGGACCAAUGAGAUUGAGAAAACGCAACAAAAUGAAUGAGUAUGGAAAAUGAGUUUUAAGACCCUAAUGAAUGCUCUCCUAAUAUUCAUACUUUAUGUACUUGUCUGCCUAUUGUGCUUGGUGUGAGUCAUUUUGAAGAAAUGUCCCUAUUGCAUGUGAUUGAUGGAUUAAUAGAAACCAUUACAUAAUUGCCUCAAAUACACUCAGGUCGGCCACAAUUAUAAUUGUAACUUACAUCUGAAUGAAAUGAUAGAAUUACAGUGUAAAUUCAUAUAGAAAUGUAUCCCUAUUUAUUCAUUGUACAGUAUUAAUGAGGUUGGUCUUUCUACAUUAAAAACUGCCUUUGAGAACAA